CAGAAAAAAAGGGUCUGGAAUGGUCCCGGAGCAGAUUCACCGUGCGCUCCCGUACCGACUUUCAAAUGCGAUUGAUACCCCCAAUCGCAUCUGCCGGGACCCUUUCAUUCACCGAAGUUGCCUCGCUCCCUUGACCAUUCUCCACAGGGACUUUGUCAAUCAGCGGAAGAAGAAAAGAGAGCCUGGUAAAUGCUACCAUCAGUUGAGAUGGGACUCACAACCGCGGCAGGCUCGAGUUGACACCCAAUCAGAGUUGAUGAUGGGUUAAAGAGAACCUAUUUUGGAAAAUAAAAAAAGACGACUUCUUUUUCGCCUUCCCGAGCCGAACUCUUCUAGGAGCAGAAACCUCAACCCUUUACGAUAGACUCUAUUUAAUAUCACUUACAAUGGCCGUCGCAAGCGAGAUCUCUCCCGUCAGGGAACACUACAUCAACCAGCUCACCCCUUUCGACAAGUUCAUUGCAAGCCUCGGCAAAAGCGGACGCCCAACAGACUUCCAGCUUGUGGAUUUCGCCGACCUCGAGAUUCUCGGGACCCUCCCCGGCAAGACGGGAGCAAGGAUCGUCACUAAAAAAGCGUCCGGCCUUACCCCACAAGCCAACUUCGUCUUCAAGGGCAUGGACUUUGACCAGUACAAGCGAGACAGCAAAGACUUUAAGGAACACCAAGAAAAGACCCUCCUCCACGAGAUCCGCACCUUGUACACCCUGCCGCCCCACCCGAACAUCAUGCCCUGCCCCAAGGUCCUCGUCGUCGUACAAGACGGGGACAAGAAGGACCGCAUCUGCGGCUUUCUCCAACCGGUCCUGAGCAAAGACUCAGUCGACGAGCAAGUCAUGCGCGCCAACAGGGCCGGCCGACGUCUCCCGCUGGAUCUCAAGGCCAAGUGGUGCUACCAGAUGGCCCUCGCGAUUCAACACACCCACCAAGUCGCCGAGAGUUUCCACAUGGACCUGAAGCCCGGCAACAUCCUCGUCGACGACCAGAACAACCUCCGGCUCAUCGACUGGGAGCAGAGCGGAUUUUCCAUGUUUACGCAUCCGCCCGAGGUUACCAUCGACCAGGAGGCCGAGGAGUCGUCCCUCUCCACCGGCGCGAACGGCAGGCCGGUGGUCAUUUAUACACCCCACACCGGCGCGCCGCGGAGGAAUCAGAAGUGGGGAUUCCCGGACUGGAACGUCCUUCCGGAGUGGGAGACGACGUGUCCCCGGGCGGCGGAGCUGGUGGAGGUGUUCAGUCUGGGCAGGACGAUGUGGAUGCUGCUCGAGCAGGUCGAGCAGUCUCCGGAUCCUACGGUAUGGACGGCCAUGGCGAUGGACGUCCCGAAGGAGUGGCAAGACAUGAUUAUGCGGUGUGUUGGGAGGGACCCGAACAGCCGGCCCGAGUUAGACGAGGUGGUUGGCUUUUGGCGGAAGCAGUUGAGCUAG